CGUCUCCGCUGCGCUCGCACCGCCGCCCUCACCAGCGCCGUCGCGCGCCGGUGGCGCGGCCUCUGGAGGUACCUUGCCGAGCUCUCCUUCCGCGAGAUCGCGCCGGACGCCUCGAAGCCGCCCUCGUCCAGGUCGCCCGCCCCACCAUCUCCCUCCUCGAGAUUGACAUACCCGAGGAGCACAGGGACCAGAUUGACCCUGCCCGCGUCUCCGCGCUGCUCCGUACGGCCGCGCGGCUGGCGCCCACGGCUCUCGUCUUCACUGUUUGGGGGCACUGUAAAGAUGAUAUGAUUCCUAUCGAGGUUCCUGUCUUCCACCGCGCCACCUCGAUCAAGCUGGACGUGCACAACCUAUAUCUAACACCGCCGGCCCAUGGACUUGAGUUCCCUGUGCUGGAGAGGCUGUCCGUUGCUGGCUUCCGCUUCGACAUGGAUGAGCUUGUCCAGCGCUGCCCUCACCUGCGCGUACUAGAGGUGGGCAGCGGCGGGGGUCUCUAUAAGAUCAAAGUCCACUCACCGACCAUCGAGGAGCUUGUCGUGGACUACGAAUGUUGGGUGAACGGCAUCGACAUCAUGGCACCUGUGCUUAAGAAGUUCGAGCUGAGGACCUCGAUGGGCUUGGAUUUCAGCGUGUCGUUCUACGCGCCGAUGGUGGAGAAUCUCUGGUGGGACGUUUCUUGCCCCAAGCUGAAUGUCGGGAUUGAUGUCUGGCGCUUGCGCGACCUGACUCUGUGGAAGGAGGAGAGCGGCAAUACCCUAUGGUUGUUUAUAGAUGCUCCAACGGUAUAUGCACCAGUUGCGCAGCGGAACUUCAGUCAAGAGAUAGCAUCACUUCCCAACUUUUCUGUUCUGCAGCUAUGUCUGGUAACACGGGGGCAUAUUUUUGGGCCCCUUGUGUUGAGUCUACUUGGGAUCUGCACCGUAAUACAUAAGCUUAAGGUGGCCAUAGACAACGACAAGUGCAGAGAAGUAUGCCCAUCAAAUUGUCCUUGUGAGCAAUCCCAAAACUGGAGAAGCCAAACUAUCUCGUUGCCAGCUCUUGAAGAAGUAGAAAUAAAAGGUUUCGAAGGAAAUGGCGACGAAAUUGAUUUCAUGAAACUUCUGUUCAGAUGCACGCCUCUGAUGACAACAAUGACCGUGACACUGGCCCCUGAGGUUUUACCAACGAGCAGAGGAUGCGAGAAAACCUACAGAAUUUUUAGGGAAAACCCAUCUGUGAAAUGCCGUGUUUAUCGCAGCGGUGGGGAGGAGGUUCUGUGCCCAUGAUGGUCAAAUGCUUCUGGUUGUAAUCAGAGACGGUAUCCUCAAGCUAUGUUGUCUAAGCUUGAAUUCCUGCCAUGUGUUACUUAGCCUAGCCUUCAUGUUCUGCUGAAGAUUUCAGAACAGUUCAAUUAGCAUGUUUUCUGUUCUGGACGCUGAUCAAAUAUGUUCAUGCGGAUUAACAUGCUUCGUUUUGAAUUUCCCAGCUUUUUAGCUCUAUGAUUAACCUGCAUAUUCCUUAGGUUGAAUUGGAUAUCAACGCUCCUAUGGAUUAGUAGAUGUUUCACAUUACGUGGUAGUGGAGGUAUUGUUUUUUUCUGAGGUAGCAGAGGUAUAGUCAGGUGAAGACCAAGGGUGAUUUUGGCGUUGCUCCAGCUGACAAGGACUCCAGAAGAGAAUGGGGGGAAGGGGUGCUGCGGCUCGGCCACUUCCAGGACUACUCUAUCGCUGAAGAAGAUGAAGAGGGAACGAAGAUCUGGCCAUCUCCUUCGGCUCCCGCCAUGUUAUCACUUAUCAUCAGACCUGCCUGCCCAGAAAGAAAUGAAGGUCGUCCUACUGCAGGUUGUGGAGUGGUCCUGAGCUUCCCUUUGAGAGCUGGGAUUUCCACUGCAGUUCAUCAUUCUCUUCUGUAUGAGGGCGGUGCAUUGCACUGGUCGAUAGUAUUCGGAAUAACACUAAUAAGGCUAUGUUUCAAGAAAUUGGAAUGGGGUCCAAUCUCUGUCCAAAAAAAAGGGGGUCCAAUCUCAAAACUGACUGGAAACGGAAAUGGGCUUCAAUGUAAAUGUUGUUGUUUGCAUGUUCAUGGAAAUGGGGGAUGGAGUCAAAGAGAAGAGUCAAUUCCAAUUCCUGUUUGGAUGUACAAAAACUUGAAAUUGUAAUUCUUAAAGGGUUUGAAGACUGUAAAGUGUUGUACAUGUUUGAAAA